GCCGGACAUAACGGAAAAGGGGACCGCACAAGGACACCAUGCUCCACAACACCAUCGUGUAAGAAGCGGACUGCUCAGAGACGGACAGAAGUCGGGCUGACAUUUGAACGCGAGGUACCAUGAUUCCUGUGACGGAGUUCAGACAGUUCUCCGAGCAGCAGCCAGCCUUGCGUGUGCUGAAACCGUGGUGGGAUGUGUUCACCGACUACCUCUCAGUAGUCAUGCUAAUGAUUGGUGUGUUUGGAUGCACACUCCAGGUAAUGCAAGACAAAAUCAUUUGCCUUCCUCAAAGAACAUCAUUGCCCAACCAAACCAUGCCUACGCAGAACAAAAGCGAAAAUUACAUGGAGUCACUGCUACCCGUGCAGUCCCAUUUGUCACCUCUUCCGAAAGAAAUGAAGGGCUUGAAGACUGAUCUGGAUCUUCAGCAGUACAGUUUCAUCAAUCAAAUGUGUUAUGAGAAGGCUCUGCACUGGUAUGCCAAAUAUUUCCCUUAUCUGGUUCUUAUACACACCCUCAUUUUUAUGGUGUGUAGCAACUUCUGGUUCAAAUUUCCUGGGUCUAGUUCAAAAAUUGAACAUUUCAUUUCCAUUCUUGGGAAAUGUUUUGACUCUCCCUGGACCACACGGGCCUUGUCUGAGGUGUCUGGAGAAAAUCCGGAGGAAAAAGAUCACAAAAAAAACAGCACUAAUAGGUCUAAUAUCAAUGUACCCCCCGGGGAAGGCAAUUUAGAGAAGACCCAGUCCCUCAGGUCUAUCCCAGAAAAGAUUGUAGUUGACAAGCCAACUGCUAGUGCUCUUGAUAAAAAGGAAGGAGAACAAGCUAAAGCGCUUUUUGAAAAGGUAAAGAAGUUUCGUUUGCACGUGGAGGAGGGGGAUAUUCUCUACAUAAUGUAUGUUCGUCAGACCGUGUUCAAGGUGCUUAAAUUUCUCUUGAUCAUUGCAUACAAUAGUGUUUUAGUGUCUGAAGUCCAGAUCACAGUAACUUGCAAUGUUGACAUACAGGACAUGACAGGCUAUAAACAUUUUUCAUGCAAUCACACCAUGGCCCAUCUGUUCUCCAAGCUCUCCUAUUGUUAUCUGUGCUUUGUGGUUGUCUAUGGAUUAACAAGUCUUUAUACCUCCUACUGGCUGUUUUACCGCUCCCUGAAGGAAUACUCCUUUGAGUAUGUGCGACAGGAAACCGGUAUUAAUGACAUUCCAGAUGUCAAGAAUGACUUUGCUUUCAUGCUACACAUGAUUGACCAGUAUGACCCGUUGUAUUCGAAAAGAUUUGCAGUUUUUCUUUCCGAAGUCAGUGAGAACAAACUGAAACAGCUUAAUCUAAACCAUGAGUGGACUGCUGAGAAGCUGCGUCAGAGACUGCAGACUAACGCUAACAACAGAAUUGAGCUUCAGCUGUUCAUGCUUUCUGGGCUACCAGACACCAUUUUUGAGGUGACAGAGCUCCAGUCACUCAAGUUAGAGAUCAUCAACAACGUCACUAUCCCUGCCUCCAUCUCUCAGCUGGAUGACCUUCAGGAGCUGUCCCUUUACCAAUGCUGUUUGAAGUUGCACACAACAGCUACCUCCUUCCUCAAAGAGAACCUGAAAGUUCUUCGUGUGAAGUUUGACGAUAGCAGGGAGCUUCCACACUGGAUGUAUGGCCUGCGUAAUUUAGAGGAGCUCUACCUCAGCGGAUCAUUAAGUCCAGAUGCCUCGAAGAAUAUAGUUCUUGAGUCACUGCGUGAGCUCAAAUGUUUGAAAACUCUCUCCCUCAAGAGUAAUUUGACCAAGAUCCCUCAGUCAAUUGUAGAUGUUUCUAGUCAUUUGCAACGGUUGUACAUAUACAAUGAUGGCACCAAACUAGUUAUGCUCAACAACCUGAAAAAGAUGAUCAAUCUGACAGAGCUUGAGCUUGUGCGUUGUGAUCUGGAACGAAUUCCACAUGCUGUCUUUAGCCUCACAAACCUUCAGGAGCUUGAUUUGAAAGAGAAUAAUCUUCGUUCCAUAGAGGAGAUUGUUAGCUUUCAGCAUCUUCGCAAACUCAUCUGCCUUAAGCUUUGGUACAACAGCAUCAUGUACAUUCCAGAGCACAUCAAAAAGCUUGGUAGCCUUGAGCGCCUCUACUUCAGCUUCAACAAGAUUGAAAUAUUGCCCUCACACUUGUUCUUAUGCAACAAGCUGCGCUACCUGGACCUGUCCAACAAUGACAUUCGAUUCAUCCCUCCAGAAAUUGGAGUUCUGCAGAGUCUACAGUAUUUCUCUGUCACCUGCAACAAAAUAGAAAACUUGCCAGAUGAACUCUUCUUCUGCAAAAAGCUCAAAACACUAAAACUUGGUAAGAACAUGCUGUCCUUACUCUCACCAAAAAUUUCCUAUCUGCUUCUACUAACACACUUAGAGCUCAAAGGCAACCACUUUGAGGUCUUACCACCAGAGCUUGGUUGCUGUCGGGCCUUGAAGCGCAGUGGCCUUAUAGUGGAAGAUGCACUGUUUGAGACAUUACCUUCAGAUAUCAGGGACCAAAUGAAGGCUGAGUGAGAUGCCUAUUUUAGCCAAAGUGCCCACUCUUCCUAUUGUCUUCUAAAACUUAGUUUUUGCUUUAUAUGCUAUAUAAAGCUAUAUAUGCUAUAUUAGCUCAUUAUCAUGCUCAAGUAUUAUAAUACAGUACUUUUCCGGACUACUGUUUCGAUGUCGAGAGUUGGUCAACUUUACAUGACUGAGGAGAAAAUCACAUAGGUAGAAUUAUCAUAACAAUACAGCUGAAUUGUAAGAAUGUCAUUAAUGAGCUGCUAAAGUUUGUUCAGUCAUUGUAAUUCAUUAUUUUUUACUACACAUAAGCCUACCGAGUACAAUACUUUUUUUUAAAAAGCAAACUAGUUAUCAGAGAAGGUCUGUAGAAUUAUUUGACUUUUCAGAAUUUCAGUAACAUCUGCAGUGAAAUCUUGACUAUUAGACUAAUGCUGUAUUGAACAGAUUUUGUGUAACCCGUGCUUUGUUUGCUUCAGAGACUUGUCAUUUACACAGGCAAUUGCAGGGGGAAUGCAAAACAGCAUAGGGUUUGUUGCACACAAGACAUCUUGGGUAAAUAAAUGCUCUUAAAGGUGCCAUAUGCUAAAGGGAAGAAUAUGCUGUUUAUCAUACGUUCUUGAAAUGUACAUAAGAAAUGUGUAGCCUAUUAGAAAAAUAUGUAUUUUUAUAAGCAUUUUUUCCAUGUUGAAUAAUAAAACA